AUGGCUUGGGAUCUCGAGGGCCUGAUUUCUCACCUAUUGAUGGUCGUGGCAUGUGCAGGUGAGGAAGGAUGCUCUAUAAAUGAGCUGAUAAAUGAAAUUCGCCAUCUAUCUGACUUUUCAGGGUCUUUCACUUGCAAAGCCGGAGAACCACUUUCCGAUCAUGCUAUCGCUACUAUCUGGCACUGGCUAGUUGCCCAGGGUAACUUAUCCGUAGGACCAAACCGGAAAUACAAUGGCGUACCUCUUCAUGAAUUUAUAUUGUUAGCUGGGGCUAUGUCACAUGAGGUUCCAGUCGGCAAUGAAAGGAAUUGCUUCCCAUCUGAUCAGAUUGAAUCGAAUUCAAUAUCAAUCAAGUCGAGCAGCCAAAGGAAUUCCUCCGCUAUCAGGGUCUACGCAUCUGAAGAUUUAAUGUGGGAAUCUAUCACCGGCCACGCAGUGAACUACAAAAGAUUACCUCGUUCUGAAUGGCUUCUGCUUCUUGGUAUAUCAUCUACAAGAUCUCAGGGCAUAUUGCAAGGCGACCUAGGACGUCUCGUCGAACAGGACAAGCGAUCUGUGCCCAAGAGAACGGAUUCACUAGUCAAGAAAGGCUACGUUGUGAAGAGGACUACACUCGUCAGGGGAACGAAGACGAGCAAGUUAUGGCUCAAGUCAUUUGCUCCUUCCCUCCCAAAAGAAGGUGACGAGUCAGAUACAUCGCGACUUGCCGAGAUUAAUCUCUCAUAUCAAACCCUGGCUGCCAACCUUGAUCAGGUUCCAUGGCACACACGAUGGACAGGAGAGUCGAUGGAUUUUUAUGCAUUGGCUACGACUAUCAUGGCCGUCACGAAGGAAUGGCGGGUCAUACGUCUUCAGGAUCUUAAAGCAAAGCUAGGCGUACUUGGUAUGCGUUGGCAAAUGAAGAUUGUGUCAAAGAUAUGCAGAUUUCUUAACUCUUGUGGUGCCAUCCAGUACGUUGCUGCAAAAUUGGACAAUAAAAUCUUCAAGGACUGCAUCAAAUACAACAGAGACCUCAAUGCGAAGGAUUGGUCCACAUUUCUGGCUACGGGGAAGCGAACUAGCAAACCUAUCAAGACAGUCUUGCUCGGGCGAUCGGACUCAAAUGAUGGGACUGUAGAAUUCCAUGAUGCCGGUUCUCGAACAAAACGAAGCCUACUGCAGGCCAAAGGACUAUCUCCAGAAGAGGACAAGAUCUCGCAGGAGAGGCCGCCUUGGAGAGAACAAUAUCAAGCCCUGUUAUUGGCCCUGGACGUGGACGUGGACGAGGUCGAGGUCGAGGUCGAGGUCGAGGUCAAGAAAGAACAAUAUCCGACGAUGACAACCCUAAGUCCCGACCAUGGAGAUGUCAUAAUUGUGGAAGGAGCUGGAAAAACGACGUUGGACUAA